CAAAAACAAAAAAAGAGAGAGAAUAUUAAGGCUUGAAAAAGUGCGGUAAACAUUUUCCGCGGAUCAUUUUCGAUCAUCUGCAGGAAACGUCGAAGACAACACCUGGGUUAUUUCAAUGACUAUUCAAAGCUUUCCCACAGUAAUCUUACCUUCGGCCAACAAAUGCGUUAUCGUUAGAAUUAUCUCCAUGGCCUCUAGUGCAUGGAUUAGCAGAUAUGAAACGUGGAAAAAUAAUUAAAAGUUAUAACCCAAGUAGGAGCAGUCAAUGAAACCGCCAACAGGCAUUAAAAUUUUUUGAUAUUCAUAAAAAAGUACUUUACACGAUUUUCAAAAAAAGUUCAAAUUUUCUCAGAAGGUGUUCUUUUUUCGAUGAUAUCAACUACUGAUAUCGUCCUUGAAAACGCCACUUAUCGCGAGUCGCAUUACAAAGAACAGCUUUGAAUAAUUGCCUGUGUCGCCAUCAAAAACCGGAAUCAGGAGAAGCCAAUCGAAAGCAGAAUUUCCCGGGGCAUGCUAUAAAUCAGUUAUUCUUUUAUAUUAUUGUUGACACACUUUUCUUUGUGGCGCUAAAAUAAGAUUACUUACGAGUUGUAGAUGAGUUGUCCCAUUGGUUCGUAGAUAAACGAAAGCCCAGGGCUUCGAGUUAUUAAAUAUGCCACAAUUCAGUGAUAGAUAAGAAGCAUUUCAUCGUCUCCGCGGCUUUUUGAUAGAAAUGGCCACUGAAACGUAUGCCACAUUUAGGUAAAUCUUGAUGUAUUCUUUAGAUCGCUCGCAUAUUUCAGUAGCGAUUCCAUUCAGUUCUGGUGACAAAAGACUUCUGGGCAAAUGUCAGAAGGCGAAGAUACCAAAGGCCAAGAUCAGCUAAUUACUGGCUCGGUAAAAUGGUUUAAUCUUGCCAAAGGGUUCGGUUUUAUUACGAGAGACGAUGCGAAAGGAGAUGUCUUUGUUCACCAAAGCGCCAUAAAAUCAAAAGGAUACCGCAGCCUCGAGGAAGGAGAGAAAGUUCAAUUCAAAACAGUCAGUUCAGAUAAAGGAACGAUUGCUGUUUUUGUGACUUCCCCGGAUGGCGGAAACGUCAGAAGCUUGUCACGAAAAUGCCGCGUUAAGAAAGGCGCUCGAAAGUACACGAGUCUCUGUUACAACUGCAACAUGAAUGGACACAGAAUGAAAAACUGUCCGUAUGCGAGGCGAGUCGAACGAACAUGUCACAAAUGUGGGUCGCAAAGUCAUCUGAUAAGAACGUGUCCAAAGCUGCUGGAGCAGCUAACUGAAUUACGCUCUGAUCAAAGAAGAGAAAGACAUAGAAUCUUUGAUGAAAGGAACUUUUCACCUACCGACUCGGCAAAGCAGCCGCAAGACCACUCAUAAGUUGCUUGCAAAAUUCUCACCCUUUUCCUCGAGGAAAACGAACCUCACAGUAAACAAGGAGUUGAUAGCAACGGGAUGUGCAUAUUUCUUGUGAAAUCCAGAGUUUCUGGACAAGACACAUGACCGACGUCAUAAGAGAGUGCAGUUGAGGGAAUCUUAUCAGGAUCUUUAGAAGUCCUAUACAUGUGCAAGUCAAAUCAAAGAGUAGCAAUACUUCUGCAUGGUCACUUCAUGCAAGAGAAAUCGGAAUACGCCCUGUUUGAGCGCCACCGGAUGAGAGCCACUAGGAUCCUGAUCUGGUUCUACUACAAGUUGCUCUACACGCAGAUAAGAGGUCAAUCUCGACGACCGUGAAAAAAAAUGUGGUUUUUUCAACAGAGUCGAUAAUAUGAAUUAACCACCGUAAAGAACUUCUAAGCUGAAAUUUCGAGCGUUAACCGUUGGUCAGGGCGAAUGUAAAGAAUUUUGGACAUUUUGGCCGUUUCGAUAAGGUAUAUAAUGAGGUGGAACACCACAGCGUACUCUGGUGUGACACUCAAGCAUUCUUAGGCCCCUAAAUAUCGGGUCCCUAAAUAUCAACACUUAAAUGUAACGGGCUUAAAAGGCCUUGCCGCAGGCUCCAGAAGUCAGUGUUUUAGCCAAAAUGGAUUUUGUGCGGAAAAUCAAAUGAAUAGAUUCUCGAUAAAAAGGGAAAUUAUGUCCACUUCAUCCGAACAAAAAUACACCAGAUACUUCCAUUAA